AUGGCUUUGAAUAAAGGCUCUGAAAGGAUCAUCUCUUAUGCAGUUUUAGCUAUGGGCGCUGGACAGAUUACAGGCGGGCUUUGCUUUGGUGUCUUUCCCAGAAGUAAUUCACUGAACCGAUCUCAAAUUGUCAUUCUUGGCAUGAUCCUACAUAUCCUAGCAUUCUUCCUCAGUUUUCUUAAUUUGCCUAUGGAAGCUCCGCUACAUAAAACUUCCUCUGUCGGGUACAUUGAUCCAAGCAUUUUCAUCGCUAUUGUGACCGCAUAUUUCCUCGGACUGGGUGAUUCAUGCUGGAAUACCCAGAUAUACACUCUCAUCGGGGCCAUGUACAAGGACGAGUCAUCUUGCGCUUUUGCUCUGUUCAAAUUCUUCCAGUCUCUUGCUGCUUGCACAUCAUUCUACUACAGUUCCGUUCUUCUUCUGCAUUGGCAGUUGUUGGCGCUCUGUAUAGGUUCCGCAAUCGCGGCCGUGUGCUUCUUUUCAGUCGCAAAUAAGCUGGAAACUCCUGAAGUUAUCGAGUGAUCUUCAUGUACACAUGCAUUCAAGUAUAAUCAAGCUGGUCUUGUUAAUCCAAAGUUUGUAAAUCAUUGUUUUCUUAAAGAAGCAACUUUCUUUCAAAUAAGUUAAUAAUGAUGUAGCAUAUUAAAUUAUCGGCGCAUGCGCAAAUCUGCCUUACAGUUGUGUUGUGUUAAGUGAAAACGGCGUUCUUAUUCGCUUAUGGGUUUUCGCUAAGUAUGAAUAGCUUUUGUAAAAUUUAUUGUUGUUGUUGUUCUGCUACAUCAAUGUUGUAUCCCAGUGAUGAAAUAAAUGUCGUACAAUGCUU